AUGAUUGAAGAUUAUAAUGUUGCUGUUAUUGGUGCUGGACCUUCUGGUUUGGUAACAUGUAAAGAGUUGUUGGAUUCAGGACUUAGACCUAUUGUGUUUGAGAAGAAUGAUGAUAUUGGUGGAGUUUGGAAUCCAAAGACUGGCUCAACAUGGGAUAGUCUACAUGUCAAUCUAUCGCAUAACACAAUGAUGUUCUCUGAUUACCCUUGGAAGGAGGGCACCUACUCGCAUCACUUCCCAAGUGCCGCCGAACAGUUCAACUACCUCAAGAGCUACGCACAGCACUUUGAGCUGCUUCAACACAUUCGCUUCAACAGCCGUGUGACGCGUGUUCAGCAGUGUCAAGACCCGGUCAAUGGAUGGGAGGUGACCUACGAGCAGGCCAGUGGCAUCGAGAGGACACAACGAUUUGACAAGGUUGUUGUGGCCAGUGGCAUGUUCCAGAAUCCAAACGCACCAAACCUUGUGGACUUUGAGAAGUACACAGGACAGGUCAGUGUGGCCAAGGACUACAAGAACGCACUUCCCUACCACAACAAGAGCGUGGUUGUCGUUGGUGACAGUUACAGCUCGUUCGAGAUCGCCGCAGAGAUUGCAGAGUGUGCACCGGGCUCAAAGGUCGUUCAUAUUAUUCGACGCAUGCCAUGGAUCAUGCAUCGCAUGUUGAACAGGCCCAAGCCACCUGGAGUCGACAACCUGCCCGGCGCACCCAUUCACCCUCUCGACUUGGUGUUCUUCAAUCGCGAGGCCACAGCAAUGAUUGACAGCAUGCCUGGAGGCAUUGCUGCCGAUGCUGCCUUCAAGAACGGCUUGCUCAACAUGAUAUGUGCAGACCAACAGCUCAAUCAGGACCUGCACAAGGACCCAGCUACACUCCGCGACCUCUUCAUGUGCACAUCAGACACAUACACGCGAGUGUACAACACUGGCAAGAUCCAGCUACUCAAGGUGCCCGUUACCAGCAUCAAUGGCAAGCACUUCACUUUCGAGGAUGGAACAACCUUUGACGCCGACUGUCUGAUCAUGUCUACAGGCUACCAAUACCAGCUGCCAUUCCUCCCCAAGGAUGUGCAAGAUGCCAUGGAGUAUAACCCAAGCAACAGAUUGUUGCCCAUUAUACUGUACAAGAACGUCUUCCAUCCGUCAUACCCUACACUUGGUUUUGUGGGUUGGUUCCUCAACACAUACUUCCCGAUCAUGGAGUUGCAGGCUCGUUGGAUAUCAUUGGUGUUUGCCGAUGAGGUGUCAUUGCCAUCACGCGAAGUCAUGGAGCAGGGUAUGGAGGAGGAGCGAAAGAUUAGGGAUUGCACCAGUGUCAGACCUCAAUUCCCACACUCAGAUUAUACAAAGAUUGGUGAUUCUCUGGCCAAAGAGUUUGGUGCAUUGCCCAACUUUGAUCACUUGAAGGUCCACAUUGCAAGACAGAACUUGCUCGACAAAUUAUCCAAGACCUUACUACAAAGUAUUAUACAAGUUCCUAAUUGUUGUACCAUAACAAAUAAAGAUGAUCAAACAUUGACCCUCUUUGACUUCAAAAAGUGA